GACGCGGGGCGGGGCGCGGGGUGCGGGGCGGGUGUCGCGGGUCGCGGCGGUGUCGGCGAUGGCUUUCGAGGCGCUGGCGGAGGCGGCGGAGCGCUGGUGCGCCCGCACGCCCUUCCAGCUCAUCGCCGCCGAGGAGACGGAGCGCCGCAUGGACUUCUACGCCGAGCCCGGCGUCUCCUUCUACGUGCUCUGCCCGGAGGCCGCCUGCGGCGACAAUUUCCACGUGUGGAGUGAAAGUGAGGACUGCUUACCUUUUCUGCAGCUUGCACAGGAUUACAUCUCCUCCUGUGGGAAAAAGACACUCCAUGAAAUAUUGGAAAAAGUCUUCAAAUCCUUCAGACCUUUACUUGGACUUCCAGAUGUUGAUGAUGAUGCAUUUGAAGAAUAUAAUGCAGAUGUGGAAGAAGAGGAACCAGAAGCCGAUCACCAACAGAUGGGCAUCAGUCAGCAGUGAUUUUCUGAGAAGCUAUAAAAAUUCAGAAGCUUUUGGUACCAGGUGGGGUCAGGUGGUCCCAUGUUAGCCUGUUCAAAAUAGCACAUCACAUGGGGAUAUCUGGAUAAAGGUUUUACAAAAUGGUUAAAAAAAAUUAAUAAGAAUACCAACAAUCUGUGAUGAGCUUUGCUAAGAAGCGACCUGAAUUUUGCUCCUGCUUCAGUGGGUUUUCUAUGGAGUUGUCUUGGUAGCAGUCUGCUGUUAUCAGUCUAGAAGUAGUUCUGUCGCUGACUUGUCCCUUCAAUUUGUUUUCAAGAGUAGCAUUUGCUGGCAUGAAUGUAGAGUUCUGAGAAUGUAGGAAGCGUGUGGUGAGAGCGCUGAGUCCUCACCAGUGACCUUUCUGAGGACACCAGCGCAGAGAGAAAACACAACCUGGGCUUUUCUUUUUAGUUCAACAGCUAUGGUUUUUGACAAAGUACCAAACUUGGAGAGAUUUCUCCUGAAAUACACUGGUGUAAUAAUAGUGGUUGGUACUGCAGAAGUGCACAUGAAGGCUUAACAAAAAUAAUGGGAAGCAGGAAAUCCAGUGGAAUAAUGGUGUCAGACAUAUUAAUGCUUUACUGAUGCCUGAGUUUACAAGUGCUGGAUUAAUAAUUGGGAGUAAUUAGUAUCAGCAGUACACGUUAUAACCAAUGCUGGCACUCCAACACCAUCUGACCCAAAGCCAAAUGCUGCUUUCAUAGAAAUCAAUUAAAAAGUAGCCGUUGCCUAUCCCACUUCUGCAUGACAACCAACCAAGUUUUGCUGUUUUUAAUACACUGCUAAAUUAUUACUCAAAGCUCUUGGCAUUGUCAAUUAAAGUGCAACUUAACUUUGAAGCCAUAAGGGUAUAAACCAGCACCUGGCUCUUAAAAUUAUGCUGUUCCUCUCCUUAGCUAGUUCAGGCAUUACACCUUGUCAGAGGGGAGCUAAAAUACAACUACUUUGGCUCAUAUAAAAACGAGUGAGGUUUUACUUAGCUGGGGACUUGCUCCCCAGAAGUGUGUGAUAGGGUCUUGGUAUAAAGGAGAAGACCCCUCGUAUUUUAUACCUAUUUUGCAUAGAUUAAGUGACUUGUAUGCCAGACUGAAGAUGCAGAAUCUCUUUAGUUAACUCUCCUUUUGUACUGAAAAGAAGCAAGGGGCAAAUACGGCUGUUUUCCACAGCUGAGCAAAAUGUUUCUAAACUUACUCCUUUUUUUCAAUUUUUUAAAAAUAAUGAAAUGAAGGUCACACACUUCAAAAGCCCUUUUAUAUAGAAUUAGCUUUCUAAAAACAAAAAGUAAGCAAAGAGAAAAUGCUUGGACAACUCCCAGGAACAACUCGCUCCAUUUUGAAAACCCUGUUGUUAGCGAUGUCUCCUUUUCAAUAGAUUUUUUAAAAGAUUUUUUUUUCUCUCUUUUUUUUUUUUUUUCAAGGUUACUUGAGAGAGUAAGUUUUCUUGGUGGUUUACGUUUCUGGUGAUGGCUUGAGAGGUGCAUAGCACUUGAUUUUUUCCAAUCCGGGGCAAAGACCUUCCCUAAUGGGGAUGAUGAGUGGUACCUGAGUAUGCACAGAAGUGACUGCAGCACUGUAAAAGUCAGAGUUUAAGAAUACAAAAAAAAAAACCAACAACAAAAGUGAAAGACAAACAGAGCUUAAUGCAACUUUGUACAUUCUUUCAGCAUGCAGGCAUAAACAUGAUAGUCAAAGCACAUUUUUAUGGACUAGUGACGUGAGAACCGUGGCAGUUCAUUGUAUAACACUGUACAGCAGCAAUAGGCUUUUUGCUUACUAAAAUAAAGUGUUAAGACCAGUGGUUUCCA